AUGAUAAGAUUAAAAGAAUCAGAUGAUAAGCAAAUAAUAAAACGAAAUGAUUUGAUGAAAAAUGAUAAGCCAAGAGAAACUUGGGAUCGAAAAGCCGAUUUUCUCCUAUCUGUUAUUGGCUUUGCUGUUGAUUUAGCCAAUGUUUGGCGUUUUCCAUAUUUAUGCUUCAAAAAUGGCGGAGGAGCAUUUUUAAUACCGUACACAUUAAUGGUACUUUUUGCUGGUAUACCAUUAUUUUAUAUGGAAUUAUCGCUUGGCCAAUAUUACAGAAAGGGAGCAAUAACCACUUGGGGUUGGAUUUGUCCACUUUUUAAAGGAAUAGGAUAUUGUGUUAUAAUGAUAGCAUUUUUUACGGAUUUCUUUUAUAACGUAAUUAUUGCUUGGGCUUUACAUUUCUUCCUAAAAUCAUUCACGACUAAUUUACCAUGGGCAUCAUGUAAUCAUGAUUAUAACAGUAUCAUAUGCUAUGAGCAAAGCUGGAAUGAUGGUAAAGAUAACGAAUGUGUUCGACCAUUGAAUAAUUCUAAUAUCAGCGUUAUAUCUGCAGCCGAGGAAUAUUUCUAUAAAAAAUUCCUUGGCUUGCAUAUGCCCGGUGCGGCAAAUUCAUCGGUAGCUCAUUCGUUAAGUAAUCUUGGCUCACUUAAUUGGGAGAUGGUAUUUUGUCUUCUACUUGUUUAUAUCAUUUGUUAUUUCUCUCUCUGGAAAGGUAUCCGAAUGAGUGGAAAGAUUAUAUGGUUUACGGCAAUAUUUCCUUAUGUUGUCCUAUUAAUACUCUUCAUUCGCGGUAUCACUUUACCGGGAGCUGAAAAUGGUAUCAAAUAUUACAUUAAACCAAAUCUUGAAAUGUUAACUGUCCCAGGUGUUUGGCAAGAUGCUGCAACUCAGGUUUUUUUUUCAUUGGGACCAGGAUUUGGUGUUUUAAUGGCUUAUUCAUCAUAUAAUGAAUUUCACAACAAUGUUUAUCAUGAUGCAUUAAUAACAAGCGUAAUUAAUUGUGCAACAAGUUUUCUGUCCGGUUUUGUCAUCUUUUCGGUAUAUUUUCCAAGUGGUAAACCAAUACAAGAAGUAGCCCAGGAAGGUCCAGGACUUGUAUUUGUUGUCUAUCCGGAAGCACUAGCAACAAUGCCAGGUGCAUCAAUAUUUUCCGUAAUUUUUUUCCUGAUGCUAUUUACACUUGGAUUAGAUAGUUCGUUUGGCGGUUCAGAAGCAAUAAUUACCGCAUUAAGCGACGAAUUUCCAUUGUUAAAUCGUCACCGAGAAUAUUUUGUCGCUAUAUUAUUUACUUUAUACAUGUUUAUUGGUAUUACAAUGUGUUCUAAGGGUGGUAUUCUAAUUAUGGAAUGGUUAAUUGUUUAUGGUACUUCGUUCGGUUUACUAAUUGCGGUAUUCUGUGAAAUAAUUGUCAUCUCAUUCAUUUAUGGAAUAAACAAUUUUGUGAAAAAUUUAAAAGAAAUGCUAGGUUUUGAACCAGGAUAUUAUUGGCGUUUAUGUUGGACUAUUGGUGCACCAAUUUUUUUAUUGUGUACCAUAAUUAAUUGUUUCGCUAAUUAUGAACCGUUGAAAUAUCAAGAUUUUAUUUAUCCGCAAGCAGCUAAUAUUUUUGGCAUACUAUUCUCACUCUCAACUAUAUCGGUAAUCUUCGUCGUCGGCUUUUACAAGCUUUUUACUGUGAAGGGUGAUACUUUUACUAUGAAAUUAAAAGCAGUUUUAACGCCUCAACGACAGAAUCUUAUUAACAACAGCAAUGAAAUAACUGGAUCCAUAUCGAAUGAUGAAACCAAUUCGCAAUAA